UUACUCUAGAUGGUGAGGAUGUUAUUGCUUGUGAACCAAUAUUGGGUUACUUACACAGAGGAAUGGAAAAAAUAGCGGAAAAUCGAACAAUUAUACAAUAUCUGCCUUAUGUAACACGUUGGGAUUAUUUAGCUACUAUGUUCACAGAAGCAAUAACUGUAAACGGACCAGAACAGUUGGGAAAUAUUCAAGUACCUAAAAGAGCUAGCUAUAUCCGAGUAAUUAUGUUGGAGUUGAGUCGUAUAGCUUCUCACCUACUCUGGCUAGGACCUUUUAUGGCAGAUAUUGGUGCACAAACCCCUUUCUUCUAUAUUUUCAGAGAAAGAGAAUUAAUAUAUGAUCUAUUCGAAGCUGCGACGGGUAUGAGAAUGAUGCAUAAUUUUUUUCGUAUCGGGGGGGUAGCGACUGAUCUACCUUAUGGUUGGGUGGAUAAAUGUUAUGAUUUCUGCGAUUAUUUUUUAACAAGGAUUGUUGAAUAUCAAAAACUUAUUACACGAAAUCCUAUUUUUUUAGAACGGGUUGAGGGGAUAGGUGUUAUUGAUGGAAAGGAAGUAAUAAAUUGGGGUUUGUCGGGACCGAUGCUUCGAGCUUCUGGAAUACAAUGGGAUCUGCGUAAAGUUGAUAAUUAUGAAUGUUACGAAGAAUUUGCUUGGGAAGUUCAAUGGCAAAAAGAAGGAGAUUCAUUAGCUCGUUAUUUGGUUCGAAUUGGUGAAAUGAUAGAAUCCAUAAAAAUUAUUCAACAGGCUUUGGAAGGAAUUCCCGGCGGGCCGUAUGAAAAUUUAGAAAUCCGCAGCUUUGAUAGAGAAAAAGAGCCAGAAUGGAAUGAUUUUGAGUAUCGAUUUAUUAGUAAAAAACCGUCUCCGACUUUUGAAUUACCAAAACAAGAACUUUAUGUAAGAAUUGAGGCCCCAAAGGGAGAAUUAGGAAUUUUUCUAAUAGGAGAUCAAAAUGGUUUUCCUUGGAGAUGGAAAAUUCGUCCACCGGGGUUUAUCAAUUUGCAAAUUCUUCCUCAAUUAGUUAAAAGAAUGAAAUUGGCCGAUAUUAUGACAAUACUAGGUAGUAUAGAUAUUAUUAUGGGAGAAGUUGAUCGUUGAAAUGAUAAUUGAUAUAAGAGAAAUACAAGAUAUCCAUUUUUUUUUCAGAUUGGAAUCUUUUAAAGAGGUAUAUAGAAUUAUAUGGGUAUUUGCCCCUAUUUUUAUUCUUGUAUUGGGAAUUACAAUAAGUGUACUAGCUAUUGUAUGGUUAGAAAGAGAAAUAUCCGCAGGGAUACAACAGCGUAUUGGACCUGAAUACACAGGUCCUUUUGGGGUUCUUCAAGCUUUAGCAGACGGAACAAAAUUACUUUUCAAAGAGAAUCUUAUUCCAUCUAGAGGAGAUAUUCGUUUAUUCAGUAUAGGACCAUCCAUAUCAGUCAUAUCCAUUAUAAUAAGCUAUUCAGUAAUUCCUUUUGGCUAUAACUUUGUUUUAUCUGAUCUGAGUAUUGGUGUUUUUUUAUGGAUUGCUAUUUCGAGCAUUGCUCCCAUUGGACUUCUUAUGUCAGGAUAUGGGUCAAAUAAUAAAUAUUCCUUUUUAGGUGGUCUACGAGCGGCUGCUCAAUCGAUUAGUUAUGAAAUACCAUUAACUCUAUGUGUGUUAUCGAUAUCUCUACGUGCGAUUCGUUGAGACAGAAAAUUUGGAUACUAUUUGCUAUACUCCUCUCUUUAUAAUACUUUGUAGUAAAGGAAGAUAAUAAAUGGAAUAUAUUCCAUUUAUUAUUUUUCGUUUCGCAAUUGGGAUUGAAGAAUUUAAUCAGAUAGUUAUAUGAGUGCAAUAAAACAGCUUCUAUUGAAUAUAAUUUUUAGAAUAUUAAAAGAAUUCUAGUUAAUAGAAAGUAUGAUGAUUUAAAAUAAAUUGCAGUAAAAUUAUUGAGUCUCAUUUUCUAUGUAUAAGAAUUAAGUGAAAAAAACUGAAUUUAAUAAAAAUUAUAAGUAGAAAUGGUUGUUUCUCCCAAGGUUGGUUGAUUAGUCAUCCUGUCUUGAAGCGGGCGCAAAAGACCAAACUUUUUUUUUUUCAAUAUUAUUUGAUCUUCAAUAUCAUUUGUAUGAAUUAUCAUACAUAUAUUAACAAUAAGGAAUUAAUAAAAAAAAUGAAUGGAUGGUUAGAAACACCAAGAUACACAAAGGAUUAGUAACGUAUAUUUUUAAAAAUCUCCAAAAGAACAUUUAUGUUUUAUGUAUAAUAUAAAAAGAAUACUAAUAGGGGCUUUAAAUUG